GUUUCAGUAACACCGUAAAGUAGUCAACUGAAGGUUGGUUUGGCAUCAGUGGUGCGCCUAGUACCAGCAGGACCACUACAGGACUGUUCUACUCGCCCGCUGCUCAGAUUCAGACAGAAUGGACUUACAACACAACCAGAACAACCACAAUGCAGAUAAUAUUAAGCAGCCAUGGUACGGUUCAAAGUCAAGUUGCCUGUCCGAAAAAAGGUAGUGAUGGCAGUUUCAUGACAUUUCAGUCCAGGGAUCCUAUAAUCUCCAUUCCUUUGGAGAAAGUUCCCCAGGACAAGCAACCGACAGGGGGAGGUGGGGGGCACAGUCAUGGUAUUCCAGUUGAACACCCCACGUCAUAUUUGGAGACUCUGAUGCAUCUAUUCAAAGGAAACGUUGGUUCCGGAAUAUUUGCUAUGGGAGACGCCAUUAGGAACGCUGGGAUCAUUUUGGGACCAAUUGUAGUUUUACUUUUAGGAAUAAUAUGCGUCCAUUGUCAGCAUUUACUGUUGUCUGCGGCAAAAGCUUUGGACGAGAAACACCAACUUAAGUCUGCACCCGAUUUUGCAGAAACAGUGGAAUUAUGUUUCGAAAAAGGCCCGCCCAAGCUGCAGCGGCUGUCGAAGCUGGCGAAGAAAACCGUAAAUUUGUUUUUAUGCAUAACGCAGCUCGGAUUCUGUUGCGUGUAUUUCGUUUUUAUUUCCGAGAACGUUAAGCAGGUAUGUGACCACUAUGGGUAUGAACUAGACGUCCAUCUGCACAUGGCAAUCAUCCUGUUGCCAAUCCUUUUGACGGCUCUAGUUAGGAACCUCAAGUACCUAGCACCCUUCUCCACUCUUGCCAAUGUUUUGAUGAUAGUUGGCAUCGUAAUUGUCAUGUAUUAUGCGUCCCAGGAAUUACCGUCAUUUUCAGAAAGGAAUUACGUGGCCAAGCUGGAACAGAUACCUCUGUUUUUUGGAACUGCCAUCUUCGCCUUUGAAGGCAUCGGUUUGGUGCUGCCCCUCCAAAAUGAAAUGAAGGAACCUAAAAAGUUCAAGAAACCCCUGGGGGUAUUGAAUAUUGGCAUGACCAUCGUUACCACACUGUACAUCGUUGUCGGUAUGCUCGGUUAUUUGAAAUAUGGCGAAGACAUCGAGGGUAGCAUCACUCUCAACUUGCCCAAAACUGAAAAAUUGGCCCAAUCUGUGAAGAUCAUCAUAUCGCUGGGAAUACUUUUCACGUAUGCUCUCCAGUUUUACAUAGCAGUCGACAUCAUUUGGCCGAACGUACAGAAAUUUCUGAGUCCCGUGAAAUACCCAGUUCUUGCCGAAUCGGCCUUUAGGGCCUUUCUAGUUUUAAUCACAUUUGUUCUGGCUGAGGCCAUCCCCUUCCUGGGGCUGUUCAUCUCACUUGUGGGGUCCGUAAGCAGCACAGCUCUCGCGUUGAUCUUCCCUCCAAUUCUGGAACUGGUCACCCGCUACACAUUUGGGACCCUCACCCCAGUCACCAUCUUCAAGGAUUGCUUCAUCUUACUGCUAGGUUUCCUGGGCAUGGUGACUGGAGGGUACGAAAGCAUCAACUCUAUAGUUCAUGCUUUCGGCAAAGAAUAAUGAAGACUGGUGGGCGACCCUCGAGGGAGAUAUUUCGUGUAUCCUGAGUGAUGUAUAUCUACAUCGAGGUGGUGUAGACGAUGCGAUAUUUAUUUUGUACAUUAUGUAUUAUAAGAUACAGUAUUUUACAAA